AUGUCUGCAAGGAGCAACCACUCAACAGUGUCUGAGUUCAUCCUGGUGGGCUUCCCGGGAUCCCUAGGGCUCCACCUGUGCCUGCUGGUGCUGUUCCUGAUAGCCUACAUGCUGACCAUCACAGAGAAUCUGAUCAUCAUUGCAGUGAUCUGUGCCAGCCCUGCACUGCACAAGCCCAUGUACCUCUUCCUCAGCAACCUGUCCUUCCUGGAGGUGUGGUACAUUUCUGUCACAGUGCCCAAGAUGCUGCUCAGCCUGGUUAUUCCUGAGUUCCAGCGUAUCUCUUUUGCAGGCUGCAUGGCGCAGCUCUACUUCUUCCUGGCCCUGGCCUGCACCGAGUGCACACUCCUGGGAGCCAUGGCCUAUGACCGCUAUGUAGCCAUCUGCAACCCUCUGCGCUAUCCAGCUAUCAUGAGUCCCAGCCUCUGCAGCCUUCUGGCUGCCGGCUCCUGGCUCUCUGGUUUCACCAUCUCCCUGGGGAAGGUCUUUUUCAUCUCCCGCCUCGGCUACUGUGGUCCCAACAUCAUGAACCACUUUUUCUGUGAUGUGUCCCCACUGUUGAACCUUGCAUGCUCCGACAUGUCAGCGGCCGAGCUCGUAGACUUCCUCCUGGCGCUGCUCAUCUUGCUGGGGCCGCUGCUGCUCACUGUCUUCUCCUAUGCAGCCAUUCUCAGCACAGUGCUGCGCAUCCCGUCCACAACCGGCCGGCAAAAGGCCUUCUCCACCUGUGCCUCCCACCUGGCUGUGGUGAUCAUCUUCUACUCAGCCUCCCUCUUCAUCUAUGCCCGGCCACGCGCCAUCUACUCUUUCAACUAUAACAAGCUGGUGUCUGUGGUGUACACAGUGCUCACGCCCCUGCUCAACCCAGUCAUUUAUUGCCUGCGGAACCAGGAGGUCAAGCAGGCCCUGAGCAGGGCACUGCAGAGGGUGGCUCAGGUCCUGCGGGUCUAUUCCUAG